AUGGGCGACGAAGAAGAGUUCGCACAAUUGCCGCUGCCGGAGCAAUUCGCGCACAAGAACUGGAAAGCGCGAAAGGGCGGCUAUGAGACGGCAACGAAAGAAUUCAAGACCGCACAACCUUCAGAUCCAAUUGUACGUGAGUUUACUUUAGAUAGCGGCUUGUGGAAGGGGGCGGUGGGCGAUUCGAACGUGGCAGCGCAGCAGGAGGCUCUGAGCGCAUACAAUGCUUUCCUUGACGCAGCAGGUACCGAGGGCGCUCGCCGAACGAGAGGCUCAACUGUAUCGCCCAUCGUGGAGAAAGGUCUCACUGGACGACCUGCCGCCAAGGCAUCAGCAACGGAGGCUCUACUUCUCCUCAUCGAGCUGGACAAGGCCGACCCGAUUAUUGAAGACCUCCUCCCAUACUUGUCGCACAAGAUGCCGAAGUUGAUCGCCGCCACUCUUGAAGCACUCACCAACAUCGUCCACGCCUACGGGUGCAAAGUUGUGGAGCCGAAGCCCGUCAUCAAGCUCCUUCCCAAAGUCUACGCCCACGCCGACAAGAACGUCCGCGCCCAGGGUCAAAACUUGACCGUGGAGCUGUACCGAUGGCUGCGAGAAGCUAUGAAGCCGCUUUUCUGGGGCGAGCUGAAGGAGGUGCAACAGAAAGAUUUGGACAAGCUGUUCGAGCCUGUGAAGGCAGAACCCACGCCAAAGCAAGAGCGAUUACUGCGAUCACAACAAGCUGCCCAAGAACAGGCGGCGGCCACUGCGGGAGGCGAGGAUGGUGAGGUUGAGGAGGAGGGAGAAGAGGGUGGUGACAUUGAUCUGGAGCCGGAGUUUGAGGCUGUGGACGUCUUUGCCAAGAUACCCAAAGACCUCAACGACCGGCUGGGCAGCACGAAAUGGAAGGAUCGAAAGGAAGUUCUGGACGAAGUGUUUGCUGCGGUCAACGUACCUGCCAUCCAAGAAGGACCCUUCGACGACAUCAUCCGAGGCUGCGCGAAGAGUAUGAAGGAUGCCAAUAUCGCUGUUGUUACCGUGGCUGCGAACGUAGUGGAGUGCCUCGCGAAGGGUCUACGAAAGUCAUUCAGCCGAUACCGAAGCACAGUCCUAGGGCCCAUGCUGGAACGUUUCAAGGAGAAGAAGGCGUCUGUGACUGACGCCAUUGGAGCUGCCUGCGAUGCGCUGUUCGCCUCGACCGGCUUGGCCGACAUUCAAGUCGACGUGCUCGAAGCCCUCAAGAACAAGAAUCCUCAAAUCAAGGAGAACACCGCCAAAUUCCUCAGCCGAAGCUUGAAGACAACCAGAGAAGCACCAACACUAGAACAGACCAAGGAGCUGUCAGAAGCCGGCAAGAAACUGCUCACAGAAAGCGCAGCCCCACUGCGUGACGCUGGGUGCGAGAUUCUGGGAGUAUUGUGGAAGAUCAUGGGCGAUCGGAACAUGCUUGCCCACCUCGAGAGCUUGGACGAUAUCAAGAAGAACAAAGUCAAGGAGUUUUCAGACGCAGCUGAAGUCAAGGCCAAGUGGAAGCCCAAAGCCGCGGCGCCUCCAAAGGCAGCUGCACCGGCAGGCAAGAAGCCUGCGUUGGGUACGAAGAGGCCGGCAGCUGGUGCGAAGAAGCCUGCUCCAAAGGCAGCCUCGCCACCUCCAGCAGAGGAAGCACCACUCCAACCACGACCGACCAGCAGGCCUGGUGUCAAGCCUCCUGGAGGGCUGAGACCACCAGGCACUGGUCUCAAAGCGCCAGGGAGCGGAUUGGCGAGACCAGGUACGGGCCUCAAGGCGCCUUCAUCCGUCAACGGCGCAGCUUCACCCAAGCGACAAGGCCUGAUCAUGGACGACCCGCCACCACCCACCACACCAAAGCAACCAGCUGCCGGCAGAGGUCUUGCUGGACGACCGCUUGGCAAGCCAGCAGCUGCUCCCACUUCACCACAACCAGCGCAGCAAGCAGAGCCAGCGGCUAGUGCGUUGAGCUCGAUCGAGCGUCAAGAGCUGCAAGAUCUUCGCAAGGAAGUGGACAUGGUGCGACAGCAAGCAUCCGAUCUUCGUAACGAGAAGUUGAAGUACAGCUCACAAGUUGCUGAGCUGCAAGUGCAGAAUGCCCAGCUAAUCGAAGAUCACACUCGUGAUGUGCUGCAGAUCAAGGCAAAGGAGACGCAGCUCGUCCGCGCUCGAUCCGACGCUGAAACAGCUGAGGAGCGUGCAAACUCGCUGUCAAAAGAGAUUGACCGAUUGAAGCGAGAAAUCAGCCGGCUCGGUCGCUCGCAGGCAGGCAGAGACAGUCCCAUUGACCAAUUCAAUGGCCCCUCGUCCCCUCGACCGGCGUAUGGCAGCAGCAGGAGUUAUAACGUACCUGCUGCACGAGCAUACGGCUCGCUCGAUGGGUAUGGUGAAGGUAAGGAGAAUCAGGAUUUGCACUCUCAUGACGGCAAGCUGAGAGGCGCAGAUGGACGACCGACCAGCAACUCUUCUCGACCGACUAGUAAUGGGUCUGGACGUGUGACGCCGGCGAGUGGUGAGCGAGAAGUGAGUGAUGGCUCGCAGGGCGGUCUGAAUCGCAGCACGAGCGAUGGCGUGGAGAGCUGGAGGAGAGCUGCGGAGGUGACGCAGAAUCUCAAGGCGAGGAUUGAGAUGAUGAAGGCACGACAGAACAUUGGCCGAGGCCAAUGA